AUGGUUUACGCAAUAGCUUGCUCGUCACCUCUGCCUGGAUCUAGUCUACCGCCUCGUAGCUUCGCUGAUGGCACCCCCACGACUUUCCACCAGAACAAGAUGAUCGAAGCCUAUGGAAAGUGUGGAAGGCUCGAGGAUGCUCUCGACGUCUUCCACGCCAUUCAAGACAAAGAUUCCUUCUCCUGGAACCUAAUGCUCGCUGCCUUGUGCCGCGCCGGGGAGCUCAAAAAUGCCAGGGCCUUGCUGGAUUUUAUGCCAGAGAAAGAUCUGGUGUCGUGGAACACGAUGCUCGCGGCAUACGCCCAAACUGGGCAUCUUGGUCUAGCCGAGGAGAUCUUUGCCGCAAUGCCGUUUUGGAGCCUGGCCACGUGGAAUGCCAUGCUGGCAGGGUACGCAGAGAACGACCAGCUGGACCAAUCCCAGCGCGUCUUUCGGGCAAUGCCGGAAAAGAAUCUGGUAACGUGGACUGCCUUGGUCACAGCACUUGCCAGGAACGGGCAUUUGGAGGAUGCGGCGUCUGUGUUUGGAAAUAUGCCAGUACGGAACGUGGUGUCGUGGAACGUUAUGCUCUCUGCGUACGGACAGAACUGGCAGUUGGAAAAGGCCCAGGCCGUGUUUAACAAAAUGCCCGAGAGGAGUUGCAAGAGCUUCAAUGCGAUGCUCUCGGCAUAUGCCGUGUAUGGGCAUAUGGAAGAGUCGAAAGCGUUGUUUGAUGGUAUGCCACAGAGAGACAUUGUGAGCUGGAAUGUCCUGAUUGCGGCGUAUGCUCAGAAUGGUUACGUUCUUCGUGCUCGAGAGAUGUUUGAAAAGAUGCCCGAGAGGAAUCUUGUGUCGUGGAAUUCCAUGGUCUCUCUUUAUGCCGACGCUGGAAAAAUCCAAGAAGCGGAGGCUUUUCUCGAUAGCAUGAGCGAAAGAAACGUAGUUUCGUUUAACGCGUUGCUUUCAGCAUAUGCCCAGAACGGGCAACUUUUGCGAGCCAAGGACCUGUUUCGGGAAAUGCCGUACCACAGCAUGGUGUCGUGGAACGCCGUACUGUCCGGGCAUGCACAAGACGGAAGGCUUGACGACGUGGUCUCCCUGUUUCGUAUUAUGCCGUACAACAACCACGUGUCGUGGAAUGUCCUCGCGACGGCAAACGCCAUACAGGGAAAUCUCGAAGAGACAAAGAGAAUCUUCGAUGGAAUGCCACAGCAUGAUCCGUACUCUUGGAAUCUAAUGUUGUCGGCUUUCGGGGAGAAAGGCUAUCUGGAAGACGCGAAAAGAGUUUUUUACGCGAUGCCAGUGAGGAACACAGUGUCGCUGUGCGCGAUGAUCUCUGCAUAUGCCCGAAAUGGGCAUCUUCACCAGGCAAAGGAGUUGUACGAAACCAUGCCGAGGAAAAGCCUCUUUGCGUCUUGCUCCAUUGUCACUGCUCACGUCGAGAAUGGACACCUCGAAACAGCGGCAAAGAUCUUCGAUGCGAUGCCCGAUAACGAUGAUCCGGUUGCCUAUGCAGCGCUGCUUGGAGCUUACGCUCAAAAUGGACACUCGACUCAAGCGUUCCAGCUCUUCCACCGGAUAAGUUUGAUCGACUCACACUCACACCAGCAAGCGAAUCUCACGUCGAUUCUCAUCGCUUGCACGCACAAAGGCAAGCCGAUCCUUGGGAGGAACUGGUUUGCGUCGAUGAGACAAGACUAUGGCGUGGAGGCCACCAAGCAGCACUAUUGCUGCAUGGUCGACUUGCUCGCUCGAGCUGGAUACCUGGAUGAUGCCAGGGAUUUAAUCGGUACCAUGCCGUAUGUUCCAGACAUCUGGGAAUGGACGAGCUUCCUCGGAUCUUGCAGAAGUUACCGAGUCCAUCGUCACGGAGCUUUUGCUGCAAAGAACUUGCUACAUGGAUCAAACUGGAGCGACGAGGCUCCGAGUUAUCUCCUGCUCGCAAGCGUGAUCGGAGGUGACAGUGGAGGAAAUCAUGAUACUUAA